AUGGAGUUGCUUAACCUCAUCAUCUUCCCUCUCCUCUUUCUCAGCCCAGUUGCUACUGCGGCUACUGAUCUCGAAUACGAAUACAUCGUUGUUGGUAGUGGAGCUGGAGGAGGGCCUUUAGCCAGCCGGCUCGCCCGGGAAGGCCGCAAGACCCUUCUUAUCGAAGCUGGCAGUGACCAAUCUGACAAUCUCAACACUACGGUUCCCGGAUAUCAAGCGGCUGUCACUGAGGAUCCUUCACUCCGAUGGGAUAUCUUUGUGAACCAUUACCAAGAUCAAACGCGCGCACAGCGUGAUCCCAAGUACACAUGGGAGACCGCGCCAUUCGAAUAUCACGUUGGGCCCAAUCCUCCCGAAGGUGCGACCCCGCGUGGUAUAUUGUAUCCCCGUGCACAAUCCUUGGGAGGAUGUACCCCCCAUAACGCGCUCAUCUGGAUCACUCCGCAUGACAGUGACUGGGACAACAUUGCAAGCUUGACCGGAGACUUGUCGUGGGCCCAUGAGAACAUGGACCAGUAUCUUCAGAAAGUUGACGAAUGGCUUUACACCGAGCCAACUGACCCGACGAUUUUGUUGAAUGACCUCCCUCUCGCUCAACAGUAUGUCGCCGGUGCUGCUGCCUCGGGGCAAGGUCCAGACCCUCUCAACGCCGUCGAGGGUCUUUUGAAUCUUCUAGGGAAUGAUCCCAACAGCCAGAUCAACCCCACGCGCGAUUCAACCCAAGGAUUCUUCCAAGUGCCCCUGACGAUGAAUGCGGGCAAUCGUACCGACGUCAGCCAGUUCAUCAAAAGCACUGUCGCGGAGGGCUUCCCGUUGGAUGUUCGCACAAAUGCCUUUGUGACGAAAAUCACUUUCGAUCAGUCGGGAGCCACUCCAAAAGCCACCGGAGUUGAGUUUCAAGACGGAGAAUAUCUUUACCGGGCGAGCCCUCGGAGUCUUCACAGCCGUCCUGGCCUCCCUGGUUCGGCGAAGGCGACAAAGGAGGUCAUCAUAUCUGCCGGUGCAUACAAUACGCCUCAGUUGCUGAAGCUCAGCGGGAUCGGUCCCAAAGAAGAGUUGGCCAAGUUCAACAUUCCCGUUGUGAAAGACCUGCCAGGUGUUGGCACGAACUUGAUGGAUCGCUACGAGGUCCCCGUGAACGUCCAACAUGAGAAGGACUUUCCUAUCCUCAAGGGUUGUACCUUUGACGAAAAGCCCCAUGAUGAAUGUCUCAAAAAAUGGGAAGAUAACCCUUACAUUCUCGGUCAGCGUGGAGCCUAUGCCACGAACGGCCUUGCGGCCACCCUCGCUGUACACUCGGAUUAUGCCUCGACUUCGGACAUUGAUCUUUACAUCUUUGGCGGCCCCAUCAACUUUCAAGGAUAUUUCCCCGGUUGGGCCGAGCAAGCUGUCGCGGAUCAUUCGCACUUCUCGUGGUAUACCCUGAAGGCGCAUGGGCGGAAUCGCGCCGGCACCGUAGAGUUACAAUCAACAGACCCUUUUGAUCAGCCUCGGAUCAAUUUCAACUACUUCGACACAGGUACUACUGCGGGUGGUGCAGAUGAUCUCGACGUGGGUGCAAUUGUCCAAGCAAUCAACAUUUCCCGAAACGCAUUAUCCGAGUACUACAACUAUGGUAUUCUGGGCGGCUCGCCUUUUGAGGAGGAAAACCCGGGCAAAGAUGUUGCAGGCGAUGAAGAUCUAGAGCAAUAUGCAAAGGACGUCGCUUGGGGUCAUCAUGCGUCUUGUACAGCUGCUAUUGGGGCUGAGGACGACCCAAAUGCUGUACUGGAUUCGCAGUUCCGGGUGCGCGGCGUCCAAAACCUUCGCGUCGUCGAUGCUAGUGUCUUCCCUGACAUUCCUGGUGUGUUCAUCACGGCCCCGAUCUACAUAAUCAGCGAGAAGGCGGCGGAUGUGAUUUUGAACGGCUCGGAGUGA